UUUCUCUUUUCGAUGUUGUGUUUCUGUCUGCAAUUUUUUAAUUUUUUAGCAAUGCAAAUAUAGUAUAAACUAUUUAAAUGUUGUCUGAUACAUAAAAAAGUGUUACGUGAUGUGGUUGGAAGGAGAUGUGAUAUAAAGUUAAUGAUCAAAUAGAAAAAAAUCAAGGAAAAUAAGACUUUCCGUCCUGCGGAAGUUGGCUACAACAACAACGUAAAAUACGGUUUGAAUGUGUGUGAGAUUGUUAUUGUGUUCAUAAAAUGUUAAUAAAUAUAUAGUAGAAGAGAUAAAAUAAAAGAAAAAGUAAAAUUCGCAUACACACACAAAUAAUACAAUAGCAACAAAAAAUAUUUUAAUUGAAUCCACGCAAUUUUGAGAAUUAUAAGAUUUAAAAUUGGCAUCACGUCAUCGUAGAUAUUGGAGCCGCUAAGGGAAUGCUAGCAAACUGAGUAAUCAUCUUUAUAGAAGAACAACGAAAAGAGAACAAAAAUAAUAAAAUAAUAUAAAUAAAAUACAACAAAACAAUAAAAUAGUUAUUAGCAGCACAUAACGUCCUCUGCGGCCUAUUUUUCACCCUCAAUGAAAACGUUGUCGGCUCAUAUACUGUGAUGAUAAAGCAAAAUAAACACCUUCACACACAUUUCUAUGUAUGUAUGACCGAUGUCCGAACACACAUGCACCCGCGCACUCUACACUUGUUCAUGUUUAAUACAACGCAACAUUCGUAUUAGCACGCAUUGCUUUAUCUAUUUGUGGAUUUAACACAAAUUGUAUUUGGUGUUGCUUGCCGCUGUUGCAGAAACAAAUGUUGGUGCCACUAUAAUUGGCGGCAGUAGAAGAAGAGAUCGAACGAAAAACAAAGCACAAAAAUAAAAACAACAGUAACGCACGCUAUGAGUUGGCUACGUACAAGUCCUUUGCGGCAGAGCCUAACACGAAACCCAAGCAAUGGUUCCGGUUCGAGCAGUUCCUUUGCCUCUGGACAAAAUUCGGCACUUCGGCAAAGACCCAUAGAUACAGCAACAGACUGUGAUCCUAGAGCUUGUUACGAUAGCUUUUGCAAACAUUGGCAACAAGCUUACGAUAUUAUACAAAAAUCCGAUGGACCUAACAGACCCCCCACACAUGAUGAUGUGCUCGCUGUGGUCUCUCAUUUGGAUUUUAUGGUGACUUUGCUUUUAGUCGAAUUGCACCAUUGUAAUAAAAUUAGCUUACCUGAUGUCUCAAAUACACCAGCAGCACCAUGUUUGGAAUAUUUACUGAGUGAGAAUCUGCUAGAUAAGCUUUACGAAUGGGGAUGCACCACGGGUCGUUAUGCAAAUGCAGUCCGAUUGGAACAAUUGAAGCUUUAUGAACUCUUGGUGAGUCAUUCCAGACAUCAGCUGCUGUGCCACGAACCGUUUCUAAGGCCGCUGCUUAAAAUUCUGGCCUCAAGUCAAGGCGAAAUAUUUCCCCCAGAUUUGGAAAAACGUUUGGUUAUUUUACUCAAUCAACUAUGUGUGGUCUUAAUGCAAAAUGUGCAUUUGUUGGAUUUAUUUUUCUUCUCAUCGGCCCAGGAGACACAAAGCAAAAACAACUUCAUCAUAUUUUCCCUUCUUAUACCCUAUGUACAUCGCGAAGGCAGCUUAGGCCAUCAAGCCAGAGAUGCGCUUUUACUAUGCAUGGCUUUGUCACAGAAAAAUUCAAACAUCGGCACAUAUAUAGCACAAUAUUCCUCUAUGUGUCCAUUAUUGGUAACAGGACUAGGAGGCCUAUAUUCUCGACUACCGAACUCCAUAGAAAUCAAUUCGAUAGAUUGGCAUCGCAUUACUCCCGAUGAUGUUACAGAAAUACCCGAAUUGACUUUAUUCAUGAAUGCUUUGGAAUUUUGCAAUGCCGUUGUUCAAGUGGCUCAUGAAAUGAUAAAAACCCAGUUGCUUGAUUUCAUGUAUCAGGGAUUCAUUGUGCCCGUUUUGGGUCCAGCAUUACUGCAGACACUAAAAGGCAAACAUUUCCAGACCAACGUCGAAUCUCAAAUAUCCGCUAUGUCCUACUUGGAUUUAAUUUUGCGUUCAGUAACCGAACCUGCCCUUAUGAAAUUGUUCGUGAAAUUUCUCUUAGAUGUGGAAAAAUUUGAUGGGGAACGCAUAUUGGAUACAUUAGUUGAACGUCUCAAAUCUUCAGAUUCAAAUCUAUGCAUGGUUACAAUGGCCUUGUUCGAUACCAUACUAGGAUUGCAUUGUGAAGAUUUAAUGUUGGAAUUAUUAUUGAAGUUCCUGUUGCCAGGAAAGCAUGUGCCCAUAUCAUAUCGUCACAAAAUCAAUCGAGUGGAUCCCUACACCAAUGCAGCCGAUUUCUUUUUGGAACUAACACCUGAUGUCAUGAAAAGAGUAAGAGAACUAACCAAACACAAACACUUGGGAGACACUGCCCAUCAUACACAUCCCACAAUGCCCUCGCCGACAUCUACUCUAAGCAAAACGAUUGGAGCUAAUUGGAAUUAUUAUGGUUUACAUACAGGCGAUAGUCUAUACGCCAAUUAUCAUGCAUAUUUGUUUGAGGCACAUUUUCGCAUAGUGCAGUGUUCAAAUGCCUGUUCGGUGUGGUCUCAUGACUAUAGAUAUCAGAAAUGGCCCCGUAAAUCGACCAAAGCAACUAAUCAGACAUUGGAAAUGGUAAAGCAAUUCCUUAAUGAAUUCGAUAACAAUAGUGCAGAUCAAUCAUCAAACUCUAAUGCGCCCUUAAUGGUCUAUGAUGAUAAAAAACAGUUGGAUAGUUUACAAUCGAUCGGAGAGUCGAGUGGUUAUGAGUCGUUUAAAUGGAGACCAGCCGAUGAAGAAGCACCCAGCGAAGAUAUACAUUACUCAAGUGGGGCCCAACAUACCACCGGCCAACCCUUCACAAUGGGAGGUGAUAUGGAUUUGGAUACAAGCAAUGCAAGCGGUAAAUUAGUCAUUGGUGGAGUGGCAACAAAACGAGAUUUUUGGCGUGUUUCGAAAAAUCGAAAUGAUUUAAAUUUAACCGAUUUGGAUUUUUCGGAAGAUUUGUUUGCUCAAGGGACAGUCUCAUUGGGUCCCUUUUUAAAUGCCAUUUGGGCUAAACUGCAAACCUUUACCAGCAACACGCUUUACGUCAAUCUUCACUUGACUGGCCUUAUAACGCGAUUGGCUUGUUACCCAUUGCCACUGAUACACUCGAUACUUUUACGUCCAGACAUUGUCAUUACAUCCGAUACACCAUCAUUUCACCAAGUCCUACGCAUACUCAAGCAACAAAUCGAUGCCGAAUUACCAGUUGUAGAAGACUCACUCGAAAUUAUUGACGUUGCUCGUUCAAAUCUUAUAGAUCGUGAAUUUCGCUUGAUGAAUGCCCGCAAAGCAUCUGAAAAUUCUCCCAUACAUGUGGCCAAAACACUACAAACACCACAAUCAGCCUAUGCCCAUCUGUCGGCCACUUCGCCAGUCCAAGUAACGCCCUCCUCGUCGUAUGAUCCAUUUAAACGUAAUGACAACAAAAGAAAAAGUAUUAGUAAAUCUUUUACGAGUAUGUUUAGCCGCAAAACUAAUGCUACAUCUGGCUUAUCACAAAUUUAUGCAUUCUUCACCGGUGGUCUAUCGGGAGCUAAUGGCACAACAUCAACUAACGGAAAUCAAACACAAAAUCCAACUCAAACCAAUAAUGCAGCCGUUACACGUGAGACUAGUUUAACAACUUUACCACCAACGCCAUCUGUGAAAGUAUCUAGCAGUGGUGUAACAACUACAAAUUCCUCCACAUCUUCAAGAGAACGCUCAAUUGAACGUGGUAGUAGUAUCAGCAGCACCAGUACAUUGCAAUCCAAUAGUUCAGCAACUCCAUACCAUCACAAUACACCGCUGCAACAUAAUUUAUCGGUCACAACUCUAUCUUCACUGAGCGAAAGGGUUGGUGCAUCUUCAAACAUGUUGGGUGGUUCAUUGCUGAGUGGUAGUGGUGUAGGAGGAGGUCAAGGCUCUGGACCGGCAUCUUUGGAUUCGUUAGGUGGAAUUGGAGGCGGUACUGAACGUACACGUGACUUGGCCUUAUGUGCCGUUCUCUUAGAUGAAUGGCUGAAGGAAUUGGCUGCUAUAGCACAAGAACAAAGUGUUAUUAUGAUUAAUGUAGGUUACUGACGGCGACGAAGGCAUCACCAUCCCCUUAAGUAUAUAAGUCAUCAACAGUAUCAUCAUUAUCAUAUGUCAAUUAAUUGUUUUCAUUGUUAAUAUUGUAUAUACGAUUUUUGGAGCAAAGUUUUGCAAUUGUAUUUUCUUAUUUUUUUUUACUUAUUCUACAAACAGAUAUUUAGCUAUUAAGAGUAAAUUAAAGAAAAGGCAACCUUUGGUAUAUCUUUUUCAAAAAGAUUUUAAUAAUAUUUCUUGUAUACAAUUCUGUCCACAUGUUGCAAAAAUGUUUUUGUAGAAAAAAAAAAAUUGUGUCACUUUUGAAUAUGAUGGUAUUCCAGUAAACUCUUCCAUGGUCAUUUCCUAUAUAUACUUUAUAAAAUUCUUAAACGAUCUGGCCUUGAUUUUAAUUAUGCUUUGUAUUGGAUAUGUGUUUUCAUGAGCUUACAAAAAGCUUAUUUUCUAAUAAAUUCCACUUGGCUGUAACUGUCAGAUAGACCCAUAGAUCUUAAGAUUAAGAUUUCGCUGAA